CCGAAGCGCACGCGCUGUGUGUGGCAGUCAUCGCGGGCCGCGCGUUGCGACCGCGCACAAUUCUUGUUCCCAGUGAUUUUACAAGUUUCCAGUUCGAUAAAGUUGUUCAACGAAAUAAAUCGACCAAAAAGAUAGAGGUCGAUCGACAGUCAUGAUAAACCUAUCAUUCGCGACGACGCCGCGACAUUAUAGUGAUAAUAAUAGCAACACGUGCUAAAAACCGGAAAAGUGAUUGAAGUGUUAAGAAGUUAAAAAAUACCAAGAUUGGUGACAUUAUGUAAUAAUUGAAGAUCAAAGGGAAAGGUAUGAAUAGCACGAAUGAAAAUAGUGAAAUAAGAUUAAAUUCUGGUUAUUUUACUAGUCUACAACCAGGUACAUAGAAUAUCAAUUAUGAAGAUAUACAUUUAAUCGGGUGAUAACGUUGAUAAAAACUAAUAUUUGAUUUCGAAAGUGUUUUGAUUUAAAAAAAACCUUAUUAAAGUGCAAAGAAACUUAAAACUCUCUAAAAGUAAACAAAACUUUAAUGUAGUCUAAACAAAAAGUGAACUAUCUAUCACUGCUAUCAAACACACAACGGCACACAAAAAGUAUUAUAAAUUGAAGUUAUUGGGACAGUUGUAUGUUUUCAUAAGAAACCUGUUGUUAACCGAGAAUGAAUUAGACCCGACGCAAUGUUGAUGUGAUCCGGUAAGGUGUUUGUGUUCAAACAAUCUGUACCUACUUUAAAUAUCAUCGACGAGCGUAUUUAAAAAUACGUUAAAAGACUACCUACCAAAGAUUUCAUCAGAAUAAUUGAAUCACAAAUCAUUUUAUCACAAAUAAUGGUAUCAAUUUGCCAUGCAUAUUUAUUAUUACACAUCAAAUGACACCGGGGCCAUACAUCAUUGACUUAUCCUCAUUCCCUUCUAAAAUAUACAAGUAGGAAGACGUUAUAAAGAUAACAUUCCAAAAAUACGACUAGCUAAUUUUUUUAAAUAGAGACACAUUUGUAUGUGAAAAACUAUUUGAGAGCAUAAUUUAAACUAUAAAAUCGGUUAGAAUAAUGGCGAACGCAGAUAGAGAACAAACAGAAGUUUUAAAUCGAGAAACACAGAAUGUGGAGAAAUCUCUAGACUUUGACUCAAUAUUGCAACAGGAGGUGGGGCAAUUUGGCUGGUUCCAGGUGCGGAAUCUUCUCUUGGCCCUAAUAGCCGUGAUCUUUUUAGCAUGGAGCAAUAAUGCCUAUGUAUUUACAACAGGCAGAAUUUCAACCAGGUGUCAUAUUCCAGAAUGUGACCUUGAGGAGCCUGAAUUUAGUCCUGACUGGUUACUUAACGCAAUUCCUGGUACCAGUCACACUUCCUUCGACAACUGCCAAAGAUUCGGCAAUGCGACUGCCGGGCCACUCGAGCCAGGCGUCUGCCCUGCCGUCUGGUUCAACCAGAGCCACUUGAAGAGUUGUGAGCGGCACCUGUAUCAGAAUACAAACACCGUCGUGUAUGAUUUUAAUUUGGCCUGCGAUGAAGUGCGCCGCACACUGAUUGGGUCCAUCCGCAUCUUCGGGACGCUGUUCACGCAACUGUUCACGGGGUUCAUAUCCGACCGCUGGGGCCGGCGGACGGCGCUGGUCUUUACUGCCUUUAACGGCGCUUGGCUGGGAGUUCUCAAAUACUUCGCGUAUAAUUACGUUGGUUUCAUAAUUUUGGAGUUCAUUCAAGCUGCGAUCGGCGGUGGGACAUUUCAAUGUGCUUAUAUCCUGAUCCUAGAAAUGGUUGGUCCAGAGAACCGAGUGCUGACCGGUGCGAUCAUGAACACCGGCCUGUCAAUCGGCCUCGUUACGUUGAGCCUCAUCGCGUGGGCCGUGCCAAACUGGAGAGUCCUGAGCCUCGUGCUGUUUACACCUCAACUGCUUACUAUUUCGUACCUUUGGCUAAUGGGUGAAUCAGUCCGCUGGUACAUAACCAAAGGCCGGUACGAAGAUUGCGAAAAGUCCUUGAAAAAUAUAGCGCGAGUCAACAAGAGACAACUAUCUGAAAAAUCUUUAGAGUUUCUAAGAAGAAAAACAGAAAAUGAAAUUCAGUCACGAAAAGAUGACACAGAAAAUAAGAAAAAAGAAAAGGAACCAUCACUCAUUAAGCUUCUAUUUAAGUAUAAACCUGUACUAUUUCGGUGUCUUACGACCCCUUUCAUGUGGAUCACCUUCACCUUAAUUUACCAAGGCCUCACGAUUAAUGCAGUGGGUAUAUCCGGGAAUAAAUACCUCAACUACAUGGCUGUGGCAUCUUCCCAAAUUCCUGGAUUCUGGAUAGCUAAUUUUCUUUUGGACAGAUUAGGACGAAAACCAGUUUUGGCUGGUGCUUAUUGGAUAUGUGCUGCAUGCCAAAUAGGAUAUAUGUUCAUACCCAAAAAUCAAUACGCGCUGUCCCUGGCGUUCUACCUGACGGGCAGCAGCUGCAGCGGCGCGAUGCUGAGCGCGCUGUACAUCUUCACGGCCGAGCUCUACCCCACCCCGUACCGGCACCGCUUCUUCGCCUUCUCCUCCAUGACGGGGCGGUUCGGCUCCGUCUUCGCUCCGCUCACGCCCGCUUUGAGCGUGUUAGUGUGGGAGCAGUUCCCGUUCGCGCUGUUCGCGGGCUGCGCGUGCGUGUCGGGCGCGCUGGUGCUGCUGGCGCCCGAGACGCGCGGCGCGCGCCUGCCCGACACCAUGCGGCAGGCCGCCGACCUCGGCCGCACGCGCACGCCAAGACAACCAACUACCGAAUUUACGCGAAUUUAAAAUAAAUAAGGAGACCAAUAAAA